AAAGAGGUCCUUGAAAUGCCAAAGACAACUAGACCGACCUGGAAGGAUGAGUAUGAGAUUCUAGCAUUAUUAUCCAUAAUUAUGCUGGAGCAGAGCUGUCCUUAUCCCACCUUUACAAGUCAAGAGUGA